AUGGCCGAGGUCCCACUCCGUCGUGCACAUACAUUUCAGGAUGAAAUUGCGGAUACCACUACUGCUGGUCGGAGGAAACAGUCACAGACACAGCGUCAGCUCCUCUCUUGUACAAAGUGUAGAGAGCGCAAGGUGAAGUGCGAUCGUACAAAACCAUGUUCGGCGUGUUGCGCUCGUGGCCUUCCUCGCGACUGCCACUUCAUAGCUGAAGACGGAAACUACACCCCCAUCCAACAAAGUUACGAACUACGCAAACUACGCGCCGAGAAUCUCCAACUCAAAGAACGGUUUCGAGCUCUCAGUAUUCCGACCCAUGACGAGGAAUCUGAUCCGCCUACAUGCUUCGACUCGCAGUUGGACAACGGGCUCGGUUCAGGUCGAAAACGGCGUGCCAUGAAACAGAAGCGACUACAAAAUCCAGGGUGGCAAGACAGCAUCUACUUCGGCUCGCCUGGGAUAGCCACUGUCAUCAGCGAUUUUGCAGCAGUCAAUGUCGAUAGCCCUGCGACAUUGGCGCACCUAUUGCCCCGCCAUAUUGACCUGUUCGCAUCAGAGGAUUCUCCAACAUAUGUGUUUGCAACACUCUUUAGCGCAUCUCCUGAUGAAUGCAUCCCGCAGCUGCUCAGUUGCCUGCCUGCAAAGCACGAGCUAUCAGAGUAUUUGGACACAUUUGAAAACCUUGUGAGCAUCCAAAUGCCCGCAACACUAUCAAGAACUGAGGUAGAACGCUUCUUAUCUGAUGUCAAAAGCAACUCCCAGUCGUGUCCAACAAUGUUAGCACUACUCUUAACAGUGAUUGCCCUAGGCGCUCAACACUCGACCUGGGGGAAGGGUGGUGAAUGCUAUCCUGCCAAGGUCAAAGCCGAGGCCCAAAAAGGCAACGUUUACAUUGCCGCCGCAUUUCAAGCUUUACGAUUGGCUUCAUUCUUGCACAAGCCGUCUCUUCUCGCCGUCCAAGUACUUAUUUUGGUUGGGAAAUUCUUGACCAAUAGUGGAAGAUUCCUGGAUGCCUUCACACUUUUCGGCAUGACCAUCAGAAUGGCUUACGCAAUUGGUCUCCAUUGUCAUCCGAAAUACCUCGAACCUGCCCCCCCGACUCAGACCGAACUUGCAACAAGACAAAAGAUAUGGUGGUACAUGCUAAGGAUUGACGAGGAAUACUCGAUGACGUUUGGGCGACCGCUAGGAAUCAGUAGCAUCGGAACUUGUUGCUGGCCGCAGGAACUUACGACAGACCCUAUCGUGCGGCGCUUUGGAGAAUUUAUGGCACAGUUUACCGUGCUAGCCAGACAGAUUCUAAGCAGCGACCGCUUGAUUAAUCUUCGAAUUGAUGAGCUUACAGAUGCGCUUCGGCGGUUACUGGAUACGAUACCUGAGAUACUUCAGUUCAACGCUGCUUGGAACCGUCCUGAAAACACAUCAUCACAUGAGCUCUGGCCGUUGAUGAACAUGGCUGCUGGACAACAGGCAUUCAACAGCUGCAUGCUCCUUGUAUCCGAUGCGAUAGAGCACUGUAGAAUCACCGAUGGCGCUUUGAAAGUCGAACAAAGCUUAGUCAUAUUCAAGGAACUUGGCGAGAAUAACGUGCACAGACUCGCACAAUAUGCAACCGAAAAAAUCAGUUCGUGUUUGAAGACGCUGUACGACAUUGUUGCGCAAUCGCCCCACAACAAGAGUGAGGCUCGCAGUCGGCAAGAAAAACGCACCGCCAUACCGGGAUCCAGGAAAAGUGAGGCAACACAAGCCUUGGCUACAGUAGGAAACGUGAUGGGUCACACUGGGAUGCAGCUCCUGGAAGACUGUGGCUUACAAGCUUCCGUCCAGGAGGCCUUCGCUCCUAUGAACUGGAAUACAGCAGGGUUACUCACGGAC